CAAACUGGUUUAGAGCUUCGUUUUCUAUUCUAUAUAUUUGUAUCCCAACUAAAGUAUGACAGCAGUUGUUCCUUUUUGAUGUAUUUUGCCUUGUCUAUUUUGUUAUUAUAUGGAUUUUUCUAUUCAUAUAUUUUUUUGUGCUGGCGAUGUACGGAUAUAAAUGGUUUACAUUUGUUAAUUGUAUGUGAACCAUUUCUAUGUUGCCGCAGUAAUAUUUAUGCACAUAUUUUUCUAUUUAUUUGGCUUGUUCCUAAAAGUAUUUUUUACCGAUUACAGGUUGGCUUUGUUGCGGCGGUAGUCGUUGACGACGGGGUGACGGUGGUGACACGGGCCGCAAGAGUAAAUUCGAGCGUGAGUGGGCGGGGUUUGUACAAGAAACUGGAAACACACGUUUUAAAUGAAUCUAAGAUCAAAGUACAUGCAUUUACUACAGGGGACGAUAACCCAAUAACAGAAAAACAGUCAUUUAAAUCUGUUAACCAACUACUUAUCACUAAGCCUAUUGUACGGUUUGUGUUUGAUAAAUGUGACUUGCAGACUCUGGAAACAGAAACAGAGAAUCUAAUUGUUCCAACUGAUGAAGAGUUGACAGCAUUCCUAUCAAAUGAUGUCAUUCGACAAUACUUUUUUCGUAAAGACAGGAUCGUAGUAGAUUUGGUUCCUUACCGGGCUAUUCCAGCAAACGUGCCUUUCCUUAAGGCACCAAACAGGAUGGAAAUAGUUUCAGACGUGAAAAUAAGUGAAGUAACCAAGGCAAAAGGACUUUUAACAAUAUGCACAACCUAUGCGUCACAAGUCCCACCUUUUGUCUGUAAUCUGGAUGUAUUUGGAACAGAUAUUUCUUCACUGAAAAGCCACGUGGUUUACCAUCUACGUCACAUCCGGAAGGAAACAAUUGGUUCUGUUUGUUUGUUGUUGUAUGUUGACGAGGUCUUCGAUAUGACAGAACUGGACAACGUUUUUCAGUGUAUUGGAUUGCAGAGAAAUGACUUGAUUUAUUCAUGUCCAGAACGAGUGUGUACCAAACUAUAUCUGUACGAAAAACAUCUAGCCUAAAAAAAACAUGCUGCUUGAUUCUGUCUUAGAAGUUUUAAUUAAGACCGUUUAUGUAUAUGUAUGGGAAUAGAAUUAAAUAUCGAUAUAACAUUGAAUAUAAAUAAGUUUGAAGUGCUUAGCGU